UUCUUCCUCUUCUUCCCCUCCGAUCGAGGCCAAGAUGAGCAACACCCAACGGAGGAGUCAUCGUCGAACCUCUUCAGUGCCAUGGUACUCUCCGCAUGACGACGAAGUCAAGAACGCCGCCCCCAACCUCGUGAUCCCCCGCCGGCCGGAGGACCCCAUGGACGCCGCCCGGCCCCGCCACUCGCCACCGGCCGACCGCUUCCUCGACCUCUUCUCAUCCCCGUCCCCUUCCCUCGCCACUCCCCCUUCUGCCGGCGACGAGCUCCUCGAGGGAGACCUUCUCUUCCCGGCCCCUUCCUCGGACCCACCGCCCGAUGCCUCCAGGAAUCCGGGCCGCGUCCCGCACGGGCGCCUCGGCCUCCUCGCCGCGCUCCACGACGGGGACAGGAAGCUCCUGGCCCGCGGCAGCGGCGGCGGGAGCGGCGCGGCGGCCGUGGCUGCUGCUUCGGCUUCGGCCACGGCGUCGGCGGCCACCGCCGGGACGCUCCUCCGCCGCAAGGCGACCAUCGCAGCCGCCGCCGCCGCCGCGGCGUCGUCCUCUCCCACGCCAUCCGUGUCCGCCACGCGCGCCAUCCCCAGGCCCCGUAUCGCCGAGCAGACGCCCAUGGCGCCGUACCACCAGUCAGCCCCCAUGAUGGUGCCCGUCCGGCCGCCGCGGAGGAGGGACGCCGAGGACGACGACGACGAGGAGCUCUUCCCGGGUGGCGCGGCCAUGCUGCCGCCGCACGAGAUGGUGGCGCGCGCGUCCGCCGGCGGCCCGCCCGUGAACCCGUCCUCGAUGCUCGAGGGCGUCGGCCGCACGCUCAAGGGGCGCGACCUCCGGCGUGUGCGCGACGCCGUGCUUCGGCAAACCGGCUUCCUUGACUAGAUCCAGCAAAGGUUGAUGAUGCAUUCUAGUUUCGGUCAUGGAUCUCGGUAUGAUUCUGCAAUGUCUGUAACCUUGUGCAAAAAUGAGAGGUUAAACAAGGAGAAGGAUUAGUUUCUGGUGUUAUCCGGCUUCAGUUUUUGGUGUUGUUGGUGAUGUUUGAGGUCUCCAUUCGGUAACUUAAUAAUGAUUUGGGUGGCUCUUUGUAGUUCAGCAAAUGCGAGCAAAUUUUGAGGAUGCUUAGUGAUUUUAAUAUUCCAAA